AUGCUCCGGGGGCAAGAGAAGGUGGUCGCUCAGACAACCAACUUGGAGCCCUACAUCCCGGGGGAGGAGGCCAGACAGUGGGGCACCCAGGACGGGAUCGAGGAGUUCCCCUUGAUAGAGGACAGGCCCGACCAGGUCCUCCGCAUCAGUGCGUCACUACCUUCCGCGGAGAAGGAGGAUUUGAAGGCCCUGUUAAGGGAGUACUCCCGGGUUUUCGCGUGGACGGUUGAAGACAUGCCCCGAAUUUCGACUGACCUGGCCGUCCACCAUCUCAAUGUAGAUCCCCGCUUCAAGCCGGUGAAACAGAAGAAGAGGAGUUUUGCCCCAGAGAGGAAUGAGGUGAUCAAGAAGGAGGUCGACAAGUUGCUGGAAUCCAAGAUCAUCCUGGAGGUAUAUUACCCGACCUGGCUAGCCAACCCGGUCCUGGUGAAGAAGGAGGACGAAUCUUGGAGGAUGUGCGUGGACUUCACAGACCUCAAUAAAGCCUGCCCAAAGGAUUGCUUCCCUUUGCCGAGGAUUGACGGGUUAGUGGACUCUUCUGUGGGAUUUGACGUUUUGUGUUUCCUGAAUGCCUUCAAGGGAUACCACCAGAUAGAGAUGGCCGAAGAAAAUCGGGAAAAGACUUCUUUCAUCACUGAGGAAGGAACUUACUGCUACCGGACAAUGCCGUUUGGGCUAAAAAAUGCUGGAGCUACCUACCAACGCCUGGUUAACAAAUUGUUCCAGAAUCAGAUCGGCAGGAGUAUGGAGAUCUACGUGGACGAUAUGCUCGUCAAGAGCCGAACUGACCGGCAACUUGUUCCCGACUUGAGGGAAAGCUUGAACAUCCUGUGGGAGAAUCGGAUGCGGCUGAACUCAAAGAAAUGUACCUUUGGGGUUAGGUCGGGAAGGUUCCUAGGGUUCCUGAUCUCCCGAGAGGGGAUCCGGGCCAAUCCGGAUAAGUUCCAGGCUAUCAUGGGUAUGGCCCCUCCGAGGAACAUAAAGAAGAAAGCCUUCAUCGACCUGAAGGCGUAUCUGGCUGAGCUGCCCACUUUGACCGCCCCGGAGCAGGGAGAACCCCUGUUCCUAUACUUGUCCGCUUGCAACGAGGCCGUUAGCGCGGUUUUGGUGCGAGAAGACCAGGGGGCUCAAAGGCCAAUAUAUUAUGUCAGCCGUGCUCUCCAAGGGCCGGAAACGCAGUACACACCGACAGAAAAAUUAGUCCUUGCCCUGGUGCAUGCCGCUCGAAAACUCCGACCUUACUUCCAAACCCACAGCAUCGUUGUCAUGACUGAUCAGCCCUUACGACAGAUACUUACAAAAUCCGAGAUCUCGGGAAGGAUGACCAAAUGGGCCGUCGAGCUAGCCGAACAUGACAUCAGCUAUCAGCCUCGCACCGCUAUCAAAGCACAAGCCCUGGCGGACUUCCUUGCUGAAGGGACCAGUUUGUCCGCGGCCGAGUCGAGCCCUUUGCCCGAGGAGUGCGUAACUCCCGAGAAAGGCGACUAUGUCCUUCGAGAAGUUCAUGAAGGAUUAUGCACGACACAUGUGGGAUCUCGGGUGUUGGCCAAGAAGUGCCUGCUCCUAGGCUACUAUUGGCCCUCAGUAUUUCGGGAUGUCGCGGCGCUAGUUCAGCAAUGCCGAGCUUGUCAGGUGCACGUCCCGCUGCGUCACCAGUCAACUCAGGAGAUGAUCCCCAUCCACAGUCCUUGGCCUUUUGCCCAGUGGGGAAUAGACCUUUUGGGGCCUUUCCCCCGAGUCUCCGGGAGAUACGGACACCUCGUGGUGGCCAUUGACGAUUUCACCAAGUGGAUGGAAGCGGAACCUCUUGCCACUAUCUUUGGAAGAGCAGUUCAGAAAUUCUUCUGGAAAAACAUAGUUUGCCGCUUCGGAAUUCCGCAUGUUUUGAUAUCUGACAAUGGGCGACAGUUUUCUGAAAAUCCCUUCAGGAGCUGGUGCGCGGAACUCGGGAUCAGCCAACAUUUCAUUUCGGUCGAUCAUCCCCAAACCAACGGCCAAGUGGAGAACGUUAAUCGAACCAUUCUGCAAGGACUGAAGACUAGGUUGGAACUGGCCCAGUCUAGCUGGCUAGAGGAACUUCCUAGUGUCCUCUGGGCUUACAGAACUACACCAAGGACGGCCACUCAUGAGACCCCUUUCUCCCUGACUUAUGGGACAGAAGCGGUGGUACCAGCAGAGAUCGGCCUCCCAUCGCCUCGGACACAGAACUUCGUCGUGGCAGCCAAUGACGAAGAGUUGAGGUGUAACUUGGACAUGCUGGAAGCUAAACGCGAGGAAGCGGCGAUACGGAUGGCUGAGUGCAAAAGUCAACUUGCCCGCUAUCAUAACGUGAGGGUGAGGAAUACGCAGUACCAGCCGGGAGACCUCGUCCUACGGAAGAACUUAGUCAGUCGAGUUCAUAGUUCCAACAAGCUUGAUCCGAACUGGGAGGGGCCGUACAAAGUCCUGGAAGCAAGCCAAGUUGGGUAUUGUAAGCUUGCGAAAUUAAAUGGAGUAGAGGUACCUCGCACUUGGCACUUUUUGAACUUGCGAUUGUUCAUAGGUUAG